AUGAGAAGGGAGAAGGGAGGGGUGAGGGUUGUGAUGGGGUAUAUUGAAGCAAUUCGAGAGAUUGAGGAGCAGUUUCAGAGUGGGAUCGACAAAGUCCAUGCCUUUUCUGUCUAUGAUGACCCUGAUUACUUCUACGACUAUGUUCAAGGCCUACUUGAUGGACUUGAGGCAGGUGUUGAUUCACGUGAUAUUGUUAACAUUCAAAAUGUGAGGGCCAAAGGUCUGGGCUAUGCAAUAAACACGUCUCAGGAGCUUAAGUUUGUCACGGAGAUUGCUGCGACCACUGGGAUUGUUCUGGAUCCAGUUUACAGUGGCAAAGCUGCUUAUGGAAUGUUGAAAGACAUGGCUGAGAAUACAAAGAAGUGGGAAGGAAGAAAGAUCCUCUUCAUACAAAGAGUGUGUAGCUUCCCAGCCAUAAAUAAGAUGUUCUUCCCCAAUGGUAAUUUGGCCUUUUAUCUCUCUGUUAAACAACUUGAUUUGAACUAA